GGACAUGUGCGCUGGCCCAGACCGCCCGCGACCAUGAGCCUGACCGCCCGCGUCUCCUGCUCCAUGCUCAGCUGCUUCGGUGAGGAGGGGCCCCCCAGCCUGGAGUACAUCCAAGCCAAGGAUCUGUUCCCCCCCAAGGAACUAGUGAAAGAGGAGGAGAACCUGCAGGUGCCCUUUACAGUGCUGCAGGGUGAGGGAGUGGAGUUCUUGGGCCGGGCAGCCGAUGCCCUCAUUGCCAUCUCCAACUACCGGCUGCAUAUCAAGUUCAAAGAUUCUGUCAUCAACGUCCCCCUCCGGAUGAUUGACAGUGUGGAGAGCCGUGAUAUGUUCCAGUUGCACAUUGCCUGCAAGGACUCCAAGGUGGUGAGGUGCCACUUCUCCACUUUCAAGCAGUGCCAAGAGUGGCUGUCACGGCUAAGCCGGGCCACCGCGAGACCUGCCAAGCCUGAAGACCUCUUUGCCUUCGCCUACCAUGCCUGGUGCCUGGGGCUGACAGAGGAGGACCAGCAUACCCACCUGUGUCAGCCAGGAGAGCACAUACGAUGUCGGCAGGAGGCCGAGCUCACGAGGAUGGGCUUUGAUCUGCAGAAUGUCUGGAGAGUCUCCCACAUCAACAGCAACUACAAAUUGUGCCCCAGUUACCCCCAGAAGCUGCUGGUUCCUGUGUGGAUCACAGACAAAGAGCUGGAGAAUGUGGCUUCCUUCCGCUCCUGGAAGCGGAUCCCCGUGGUUGUGUAUAGACACCUGCGCAACGGGGCUGCAAUCGCCCGCUGCAGCCAGCCGGAGAUCAGCUGGUGGGGCUGGCGCAAUGCCGAUGAUGAGUACCUGGUCACGUCCAUCGCCAAAGCCUGUGCCCUGGACCCGGGGACAAGGGCCACUGGGGGCUCCCUCAGCACUGGGAAUAGUGAUGCCAGCGAGGCAUGUGACACUGACUUCGAUUCCUCCUUGACUGCAUGCUCUGGAGUGGAGAGCACAGCGGCCCCCCAGAAGCUGCUGAUCCUGGACGCUCGAUCCUACACGGCGGCAGUGGCCAACCGGGCCAAGGGUGGAGGCUGUGAGUGCGAAGAAUACUACCCCAACUGUGAGGUUGUGUUCAUGGGAAUGGCCAACAUCCAUGCCAUCCGGAACAGCUUCCAGUACCUCCGGGCUGUGUGUAGCCAGAUGCCGGAUCCCAGCAACUGGUUGUCGGCCCUGGAGAGCACCAAAUGGCUGCAGCACUUGUCGGUGAUGCUCAAGGCAGCCGUGCUCGUGGCUAAUACCGUGGACCGGGAAGGCCGGCCCGUGUUGGUGCACUGCUCAGAUGGCUGGGACCGGACGCCACAGAUCGUAGCCCUGGCCAAGAUACUACUGGACCCGUAUUACAGGACGCUGGAGGGCUUCCAAGUUUUAGUAGAGUCUGACUGGCUAGAUUUUGGGCACAAGUUUGGAGAUCGCUGCGGCCACCAGGAGAAUGCAGAGGACCAAAAUGAGCAAUGCCCGGUGUUCCUCCAGUGGCUUGAUUCUGUUCAUCAGCUGCUCAAGCAGUUUCCCUGCCUGUUUGAGUUUAAUGAAGCAUUCCUGGUCAAGCUGGUGCAGCACACGUACUCCUGCCUCUAUGGCACGUUCCUGGCCAACAACCCCUGUGAGCGAGAGAAGCGCAACAUCUACAAGCGGACCUGCUCUGUGUGGGCUCUCCUGCGAGCUGGCAAUAAGAACUUCCAUAACUUCCUCUACACACCUGGCUCCGACAUGGUCCUGCAUCCUGUGUGUCACGUCCGGGCCCUGCACCUCUGGACAGCUGUUUAUUUGCCAGCAUCAUCUCCAUGUCCGCUCGGGGAGGAGACCAUGGACCUUUACCUUUCCCCGGUGGCUCAGAGCCAGGAGUUUUCGGGCCGCUCUCUGGACAGGUAUCCACUGCUAACACUCUGGUGCCUGUCCUUCCAGAUGUUUAUUUCUACAUAG